AUGUCGACGCCAGAAACAUAUAAUAACGAUAAUACAAUUUUAUCAUCAUCAGAAAAUAGUGUUAAUGUUGAUCUUAAACAGAGUUGUGAAACAAUAUAUGGACUUUAUGCAGGUAAUGCGUGCAAAGAUUUUACAUUCAAAGGAAGUCAGAACACUCUAUUAUCUUUCAACUUCCCAGAUGGAUCUCGUCUUUCAAACAUCAAUGAUUGCGCAUUUUAUCAAUGUACAAAACUCUCAUCUGUUGAUUUCAGCAACUGUCAAUUUUUAACUAAAAUUGGAUCAUAUGCAUUCAGUGGAUGCUCAUCAUUAACAAAUGUAAUUCUUCCAAUUCAUCUGAAAUCAAUUUCACCUUUUUGUUUUGAAUUUACUUUAAUUUCAUCUAUCAGCAUUCCAAACGAAGUCACAUCAUUAGGAACACUAUGUUUUCAAUCUUGUUCAAAAUUAAAAAAUGUUAUAAUUGAUGUUGAAUCUAAUCUGAAAGAAAUUGGGGUUAAAUCUUUUAAUGGUGCAAUGAUUGAAACAAUCUUUAUUCCAAAAUCAACAAUUAAUAUUGACGAAUAUGCUUUCAGCCUAUGUGUUGCAUUGAAAGAAUUUACUAUCGAUCCAUCAAAUCCAAGUUACAGUGUAUCUGAUGGAAUUUUGUUCAACUAA